GGAAGAAAUUAUCAGAGGAAUGGCGCCAGGUCCAGAAAAUGCGCUGUUUGUCUGCCAAUGCUUCAUUCACGCGCUAUUUCCGCUGCCGAUCGGCCUCUCUCUGACUGUUAGCGUCUCCGCCAGUUCGGAUCGGAGCGUGCUGGCCGGGAAUUUCUCUAACUUUGAUAACGCGACGGAUCGAUUGGGCUUCCUCGUUUGAUGGUAAUAUCGUUUUUUUUUGCUGAAAUCGAAGAGUUCCUCUACAAAUGUACACUGAGAUGGAUUCUACAUUCUCAUAUUUUUACGAGUGAUCUGAAUGUUUGGAGAAUCAAGAGAGUGGUGGGGCUGAUUGACUUCAUAAAUUUACCUUCUGAUGAUAUCUGGCAUUUAUGUUCUACUUGAUCAGCUUAUUUCCGAUUUGUGGAAAUAUCUCUGGGAUCUAUCACUGUCUCUUCCGCAAUGACGGAUAUCUCUCUCGUAUCAGUCCAUGGAAGUUUGAAAGAAGCCCCUCCCCGAUGGCAGAUACUACACUCUGUUUCUCCAAAAAAACUUAGGUCAUGAUUCAUGAUUUGGUUGCAAUCCAGCAACACUACCAUGCAUCAACUCUAGAGUUAUCAAAGCCGUCUGGGACACAUGGAAAGAAAUAAGUUCAUGACUUUCUGUGCAUAAUGCCUUAUUUUGGGGGCAUGGUGGUUAGCCAACUUGCGUUUGACUCCUUCCCCAAAGUUAUGUGAUAUCAAAUCAUUUCAUCAUCACUAGCAAACACACUCGUCAUCUACCCUUGCCAGUGUGCUUGAUUACUUUGGUUGUUUCUUCCUUGAAAAGGUAAAAAGUCUUUGCUUUAUUUGGAUUUUAAAAUUAGAAAACAAGAAAAAUAUGUGUUGAGUACUUCAUCAAUUACUUGCUUUAGGUAUAAGCCAAGAGCUGGAUUUCACUACAUCACAGUUUAGGUUUAAAACCUUUAUUUAGUGCCUCGAAAAUCUAGCACUAUAGUAAUUUUUGUUUAGUCAUGGUUAUGUUUUACUUGAUUUCUGUUCAUCUCAAAUUCAUGUUUUUUGCUCAUAUAGUUCCAUGCCAAUCUCUUGUUUUUGUGGGGCAUUUCCCAAUGUCUUGUUCGAUUUAGACGCGCAACACUUAUGAAAUGUUUUGGCGCCAGUAAAAUAGUGCGUGAAACUGCAAUGAGCUAUAGACUAAUUCGGCAAAAGUGGGUUGGUUAGGAAUUUAGACUGUUUGUCAAUAAUUGAGAAUAGCCUUCAACAUUAUUAUAUGAGCCUGAUGCUUUCAAUCCGAAGAACAUUGUCUGCAUUUGGUAUCAGUUACUAAAUACAGGUGUUUUCUUCCCACACUUGCCCACGUAUUAUAUCUAGAAACAUCAUACUUGUUACGUUUGUCAAUAAUUGGUGACUUUAUAGCCAUUUCGGUAGAUAUUUUUCUAGCACAAUCAUUACGGCAGAUUUAUUCGUAUUUUGGAGAAUAUACAAAAUGAAUAUCGUCACAAUGUAGGAAUUAUUGUCGUGGUAAUUUGGUAGUUAGGUUAGGUAUGGCGUGAAUGGAGGAUCCGAGAAUGUCAUGUCGUCUCAGCCAUGAAGACAGUCAACAGUACCCGGUAACGCAAGCUGGCAUUGGCAUCCAUCUCCUUUGUAAUGUGUUGUCUAAUCUCCGAACGACAUCUUUCAGAUUCCUAUCUCCCAAAUCUACACGAAGCUCUACAAAAGUAAGAGAACUCUCAGAGAGAAAGAGAAGAGAACAAGACUUGAACAUAUAAACCCACCCCAGGAGAGAGAGAGAGCUUGCACUAAGGACAUGGGGUGUGAAGAAGAAAAGCAAGAGGGAAGCACAACAUUACUAAAACUCCCACUCUUGCCAUCAAAAGCCCACAACCACACACACUCUCUCUCCUCACCCAUUCACCCUUCGGUUGCAGCUUCGGUCCCCUUUUGCUGGGAAGAAGAACCCGGCAAGCCCAAGCACCAACCUUCUUCUUCACCAUCAUCAACAUCAUCACCUUCUUCAUCUUCAUGGUCUCCUAACAAGUCCUUGGACCUUCCACCUAGGCUUCUGCACUUGGUGGAAAAAGAUGCUAAGUCAAUUACCAAGCUGUCCUCCUCACCCACCGCAGUCCUCGAUGGACCGUACAGCAUGGGGAGGUCAAGAAGGUUUGAGUCAUCUUCCUUCAGGAUGAUGGUGAUGAGUGGCGGUGCUUGUUAUGGAUCUUUCAGGAGCGACGCCUAUGGAGAUAUAGAGGAAAUGGAGGAAGAGGAAGAGACGAAAAGCAAUGGUCCUCUGGCUCUUGUAAGGAAGAGAGGAGGUUACAGAGGGAGACUUGGGUUUGAAGGGUUUUGGAGGAGGAAGGCAUUGAAGGGAAAAGCAGAGUUUAGUGGGGGUAGUUAUGUCUUUCCAUCUUCCGUGGACAGAGAGAGUGAAUACAGCAGAAACGAGGAGGAGGAGGAGGAAGGAGAAGAAGGAAAUGGUGGUGGCUAUGGUGAUGGCAGUGAAGCGAAGAUCAACGCCAUUAGCAGAACAGGCAGCUUCUCUGACAUGCCUUCAGCUUCAAAGCCUCAUUUCUGGGCGACAGUGUAUGAAGGACUGAAGCAAGUGGUUCCAUGGAAGAACAAGAAGAUGAGAAGAUCUUUAGCCAAAAGCCAAAUUGAUUAAGAGGAUCCAAAGUUAGGUUGGUGCUAUUAUUAUGUAAGAGAUCUUCCCAGGAAGAUGACAAUUACAAAGGUCUGUGACUGUGAAACCCCCCCAAGAGACAAUGACAUAUCACUCGAUUGUCCCACUACUCUUUGUGUUUUGGUAUUUGCGCUUCAAUAUCUUCAACCAUAAAAGAUGAUGUCUGAAUGUUUUUAGCUGUGUAUAGUAAAGAGAAUAUGAUGUAUCAUCAUGGUCCUUUAAUGUCUAUGUCCUUGCUUUGUUGGAAAUAGGAAUCAUAUUACCCUUGAAGUAACGUUAUUUGUACAAUAGCCUUAUUCCUU